AUCUCCAGCUUCUUCACGCUUCAUAAUAUGUUCGUUCGAACGUUCCAAAGCAAACGCUCCUUAGAGUUAGGGUGAGCAAAGAGAAACGGUGUAACAUGUCAGGGAACCCAGUCACAUGACUGGGAUCUUUCUCAUUUCACGAACACCUCCGCUUGGUUGCGUUCUCAUCCUUCUCGCCCUCCCCAUCCAAAAGCCGACAUCCCUUCAUUUGGCUCUACUUUAUAAGGUUUGACAAUGCCUCGUUUCCACGCGACAAUCAUCAAUGCUACUACUCUGUUGAUCAGUUUGAUCUUCAGUUUGAUCAUCCAUGACGUGAGCGGUGGAGGGCUCUCGGAAUCCUAUCGAUUGGAAGAACACGACAAGCGAUACUCGAGACAAUGGCCACCGGAAAAAUAUGUCCCUGACACUGUGGGCUGGAAGAAACUCAUGGAUGCACGCUUGCGUCAAGUUGCAGAAAUUGAUGACCUGGAUCGACGCUAUGAAGGUUACAUGCAGACCAUCACCCCUGCCAUCACGACUCGCAAUUUCACCGAAUUUGGAUUUGGUCUGGCUCGUGGUCCUGAAGCUCUUUCCCAGGCCUUGCGUGAAGGCAUUCGAGGUGGCCUUGAGAGGGGUGAAGCUAGGCUUGAGCACAGCGUGGAGGUCAUUGAGGGUCCCCGUUGUCUGUUCAUUGAUCGCCCCGACCUCACAAGAAGGGUUCUGGAUGAGCUUCAAUCUUAUACAGAGGCAUGGGCUGGGAUUCCUUUGACACCAGCUAUCGCCUAUGGAUUUCGUCUCUACCAAAACAACAGUAUUCUUAACAUGCACGUGGACAAACCUCAAACCCAUGUGAUUUCCAUGAUUUAUCACAUUGACAGCUCGGAUGAUGCAGAACCAUGGCCAAUCCUCAUUGAGGACUUACACGGCAAUACACAUGAAGUUAUUCUGACUCCCGGGGAUGUCCUCUUUUAUGAGAGUUCCAAGUGUUUGCAUGGACGACCCAAAAUAUUCAAUGGAAGUUGGUAUUCUUCAAUCUUUGUUCACUACUACCCAACUCAUGGCUGGCAGGAGGUGGACCAUCACAUGGAGGGGCAUUUUGCAAUUCCUGCUGGCUGGGCAGCGCCCAUGGCACCAGAAGAAAAGGUGGCCACUCCCCUGGUGAUGCUGGGAACCAGUUUCAAAGAACCAAGUUGUCCAAAUGCAUGGUGCCGAGGGGAGGAGACCAUCAAAUGGUCUGGUCCUGCCAAAGAAGGGUUUUGGAUUGCUCCCAACAUGGAACUGAUCCCCUUUGAGCCUACACGCGUGGAGCGGGAUGAGCUCUAGCUAGCUAUAUCAUGCUGGUUUGCCUGAACAGGUGGUUUGGGAUUCGAUUUCUACAGCUUGGGGCCCUCAUCUUCCAUGGCGACAAUUCAAUUCGAAUCAGCAGAAGUAGUAGUAGAGCUUAGUCUGUAGAUGCAGUAGUCAAUAGAUGAAGUAGUAGGUUUAGCGAUAAAUUAUCUCUCUGGAGCAGAAGCUACUGUACUCAUUCCCAUUGCACGAUUGGUACUUCGACAACACCCCACUACAAACUAAAAGUACGUUGGUGAAGUUAAAACACACAUUGCACGGAACAGAAACAUUCUGCUGGCAGGCUUACCUGUUGCCAUAGUGCUUGUUGUGCCCGGAUCAUUUGUAGAUUGUGCAACCUUUCGUUGUUGGCACGCGUCAGUGCUUUGAGCUGAUCGACCCCGCUUCUGAGCACUCGCAUGUCUCGAGCUUGUUCCCGAUCCGACUCUAUCUCAUUCUUCACACCCGAUAGGAGUUUGGAUACAGCGCUGACACAACAAUUGGGUGCCUGUGGAGAUGGACCCGAGUUGGCUGUUACUGACGGAUGCCGUGGUGGCGCCGUGACGACCAAGGCGGAUUGCACUGUUUGUUUGUGUUCAUGGCUGUCGGAUCGGGUGGGAAGCUGGGUGCUACAGAAACGUGCCAGAGUAAUCGAUUUCUUGGUUCGUCUUGGGACUGCCAGCGCUAUCUUCUACGUCGCUCCCAUGACCCCCACAACAUACAUGUCAGAAGCGGCUCAAAACGAAAACUUCACUUUCCAUGGUCAAUGGUAGGUGCAACUCAACUCGACUCGACUCGACUCGACUCGACUCACCUGUUGGGACUUUUUCAAGCAAAGGCUAUCAUUCAUUCGACACAUGUUGUUGAUCUGCUAGCUAGCGAUGUGGUGGAUUGGUUGUUUCAACUCGUACGGUGUAGAAAUUUUAGGAUGUGUCUCAAAGGGGAAGGAUGCUGGUAACUUUUGCUCCUGCUGACUAGUCGGCUG